AUGGAGUCUCAGAUGGCUGUAUCACUGGCUUCAGCUGUCCUACAACUCGUCGAUUUUUCGAGCAAAGUGGUCCAGAAGGACAAGGUGGGCAAAGUACACAAAUCCACCGGCACCACCCUAGGGGAAGCUACACUGCUCGAUGACGCCAUCGCUAAUCUCGGCGACUUAUCACAACAAUUUGAGAAGGCACGACGCGUAUACUACAAGUCUCAUAUAUCCCCCGAUCAGGAGAGCGCAGAUGCGCGGCUGAUUGCAUUGGCGAACGAUAGCGGGGGAGUGGCGAAGAUCUUACAGGCCACACUGGAUCAAGCGAAGCGCAACCAUGACGUGGAUGAGCAGACGGUACUUGCACAAGGACUACGCAGCAUUCUGAGCUUGUACUACAGUCAGAAGACGAUAUGUGAUCUUGCGGAUAAACUUGGCUCUAUCCGCAAGCAAGUAGAUGUCGCUCUGCUUGCCUCGCUCCGUCACCCUCGCACCGCCACCCACCUGCGCGCCUGGGCCAAAGGAAGGACACUCAUCAAAGCGAGCUUUUUCUCCUCUAGUCUGGGCAACGACAUGCAAAGAUCGCGUAUGGGACUUCUACAAAGCUUGCUUCACGCUGCGCUCAGAGGCGACACGGAGACGUUGAUCCAGGUCUUUCAUCAUCGCUGGCAACGAUUCCUUACUUCUGGCGGAGGUCGACAACCUUUCACAUGGCUUGAAUUGCGUCAGGCCUUCAUAACAAUGAUCUCAACGCCCAGCAAACCAACAUCGUUCUUCUUCGCAAUCGAUGGCCUAGACGAAUUCGAAGGUAAUCUGAAAGAUAUUCUGCAAUUGAUCAAAGACAUAGCCAAAUAUCCACAUGUCAAGGUUUGCGUUGCCAGUCGAUCUUCACCAGAGCUCCUUCGCGCAUUCACAGGCCAGCAUAAUCUACGCCCUGAACUUUUGAAUCGCCAGGAUAUCUGCAACUACGUCACGGCCUCCCUGGCAAGGUCGCAAGUAUACGUCAAGCUCAGCAAAACGGAUCUCACUCGCGAAACUGAACUGGUCAAAGGUAUAGCUAAGAAGGCGGCCGGUAUCUUUCUCUGGGCACACAUCGUGGUGCAAGUAUUGCUUGAUGAUUUGCCACAUACAGCCCGCAUGGUCAGUCUUGUUGCUCGGCUCGAGACAAUGCCAUCUGGACUAGAGCAACUGUUCACCACACUCCUCGGACGUCUGGACACGAAACAUCUCAAGCACGCGUCGCAAAUCCUCCGCCUGAUGACGAUAAAACCACGGCCUCUUCUGCUCGAGUUAUGGUUUGCGGACGGUAACAACGAUGACGCGGCAUUGAGGAAUGAAGCCCGGCCGCUGUCAGACAAUGAAAUAUUCGAGCGUCUCGAAAUGAUGAAUCGCCGAUUGAUUUCCCGAUGCAGAGGCUUUCUAGAGACAGAAUGCCAGUGGGGAAGUGCAAGGUCUGGAUUGUCCAAGGCGUCUCGUGUUACCUGGACACACCGCAUUGCGAAAGACUUUGUCCGAUCUCAACGAAUAUGGAACAUCAUACUCGACAACACCGGGCAUGAUGCUUUCGAUCCUGAAUGGCACUGGGCCAACGGUCAACUAGGUCUAUUCAAGACUGUCGCCGGGACCACCAAUACCAAGGCUUCUCACUUCCUAUCUUGCCUCGAGUACGCACUGCGACUAGAACAGCGGCUCAACAUCUGCCCAGUCAAGUUCCUAGAUGAAGUCGGCCGUACCGCAACGAUAUACGCGACUGUAUACGACGACAUCGUGCCUCGGAAAUUCAAAGGCACCAUCAGCAGCUUUCUAGAAUUCGCUGUGCUGUUCAAUCUCGUAAGCUACGUUCGUGGCAGAGGCCUAACCCUAUCGAAAGAGGAGUUAUCACAUGCUUCUCGCUUGCUAGGCGUGCUGGAUGCAAAGAAGUGGGAAGUGUUUGUAACGCGUUUUGAACACCCUGGAAUCUGGAGUACGGAGUUUGAAGAAAGAAAAAGGGACAUGCAACAGGUGAUGGACAGCUUGCUUGAUCGCGGAGGCGGUGAGUCAAGAUGGCAAAGAGCGAGGAAGCGACUUUCUGGGCAGAAGAAGACAUGA